AUGGCUACGAAACUUAGCUUGCAGUCCAAGUACGCUGUUGGCGAAGGAGCUGACAUGCCCCUACUCGGUUUUGGAGUGUACAAGUCUCGCGCAGAUGUUACGGAGCAAUCGGUGACUACAGCGUUGAAGACGGGUUAUCGUCACAUUGAUUCUGCUCAGUACUAUGAGAAUGAGCGAGAGGUAGGAAACGCAGUGCGAGCUUGGUGUCAAGAGACCCAAACUUCUCGCCGAGAAGUGUUUGUCACCACGAAAAUCAUCGCUCCGGCCAAAAGUAAGGACAAGACUCUGGAGAGCAUGCGAGAGUCGGUUAGCAAGAUCAAUCUUGAUGGAUACGUGGAUUGCUUCCUCAUCCAUACCCCGACUUCGGGCCCCGAAGGACGCAAGCAUCUCUGGGAAGCGCUGAAAGAACUUAGGUCCGAAGGCAAAGUUGUCACGAUCGGUGUUAGCAACUAUGGUCUCAAGCAUCUCCAAGAGUUGAUCGAUCGUAAGGAAACGCCUGCUGUCAACCAAAUCGAACUUCACCCUUGGUGUCAACAAAAAGCUAUUGUUGAGCUUUGCAAGAAGCAUAACAUUGUGCUCCAGGCUUAUUGCCCCAUUGUGAGAGGAGAACACGCCGAUGAUGAAGAGGUGCUAGAGAUUGCCGAGAAGCACAAAGUAGAUUGGUCUCAGGUGUUGUUGCGUUGGUCGUUGCAGAAAGGGUUUGUGCCUCUGCCCAAGUCGGACACUGGUUCUCGUAUUGCUUCGAAUGCUGAUCUGUUCGGGUUCGAGUUGGAUGAGGAGGAUAUGGCCAAGUUGGAUGCGAAGGAUUUGGGUGCCAAGGGGGCUGUUGCGCCUAAUCCUGUUGAUGCUCCCUAA